AUGGGGGAUGAUAAAGCAAUCGAUUGGGAAGAAAGGUUCGGUGCUCUAGAGAAGAAGAUGAGUAAUAUGCGGGGAAAGGAAACAGUCGUCCAAAGCAUAUAUGACCUUUGCUUGGUACCAGAUGUAAACAUACCUCCAAAGUUCAAGAUGCCUGUAUUUGAGAAGUAUCAAGGGGACACAUGUCCACAAAAUCAUCUAACUAUGUAUAUUAGGAGGACGAUAGCUUACAAGAAUAAUGUUCCCUUACUCAUUCACUGCUUCCAGGAUAGUUUGACUGGUCCGGCACAUACCUGGUUCAUGGGGUUGAAAGGAGUCACUACUUUUGAACAGUUGGCUGAGGCCUUCAUGCAACAGUACAAAUAUAAUACCUAUCUGGCGCCAAGUCGCAAAGAGUUGCAGUCCUUAACCCAGAAAGAUAAAGAAUCGUUCAAAGAAUACGCACAACGCUUCAUUCAAAAAGCUGCUCAGAUUCGUCCUCCCUUGGAUGAGAGGGAACUUUCAGAAUUGUUCUAUGAAACCCUGAGUCCUUGUUAUUCAGAAAAGAUGAUUGUCUGUGCAUCACAGAAGUUCACUGACUUGGUGGAAACAGGAAUGCGUAUCGAGGAGUGGGCUCGUAAGGGAGCAGCUGUUUCGGGAAGUUCUUCAGGUGGUUCUUCAGGGGUUUCGUCCAAUGGUAAUAAGAAAUUUGGGAAUGGUUACCCAAAGAGGAAUGCUCAAGAGGUUGGCAUGGUGGCUCAUGGAGGACCUCAGCCCGUGUACCCUAAUCACCCUUUUGUUGCCAACAUCACCCCACAAAUGACCGCACCCCAGAACCCAAACUAUCAACCACCAAGACCUCAAGGGCCUUCAUUAUACUAUCCCCCACUAUAUCAACAACCAUAUAACCCACAACAACUCUCUCAACCACCCUACUAUCCUCAACAACCCUACUAUCCUCAACAACCAUACCAACAAAGGCCAUAUAACCCCCCACAACAACAACCCCGUCCUCAGGUUCCUCACAAUCAGCAGUAUCAAAGGCAACAAUUUGACCCCUUGCCAAUGACCUAUGGAGCAUUGCUCCCUUCUUUACUUGCACAGAAUCUGGUCCAAACAAUACCACCUCCUCGCAUUCCGGACCCUCUCCCACGCUGGUACCGUCCGGACCUUCAUUGUAUUUACCAUCAAGGGGCACCAGGCCACGAUGUGGAGCGUUGUUUUGCUCUUAAGAAAGAGGUUCAGAAACUGAUAAAUAGUAAAGAGUUAACCUUCACCGAUCCUGAUGCUGUAGCUCAGAACAAUCCUCUGCCUACUCAUGGGCCUGCUGUUAAUAUGAUUCAAGACGAUCAGGAAGAGGCUCGCAUUCUCUCUGUAGGUGAUAUCAAGACUCCUCUGGUACCGAUACAUGUGAAAAUGUGUAAAGCAACUCUCUUCAACCACAAUCAUGAAGCUUGUGACAUAUGUUUGAUGGAUCCUCGUGGAUGUAUACAAGUCCAGAAUGAUAUGCAGGGUCUCCUAAAUAGAAGGGAACUUAUGGUUACAAGGGAACCCGAGAGCAAGGACGUCUGUGUUGUCACUCCGGUAUUCAGAGCCAGGAGGCCGCUGGUGAUAAACCCUAACUGUACAAAGCCCGUUGGUACUCCCUUGGUAAUCUGUGUGCCUAGGCCCACGCCUACUACUGCUCAGAAAGCUGUACCCUAUAAGUAUGAAGGCACGAUUCUUGAGCCCGGAAGUGAGACAACUUCACCUGUUGCUGUGGAUAAUAUCGCAGAGAAUAGCCGGAUUUUGAGGAGUGUCCGCAUCUUUCCUACAGUGGGUCCGAAGAGUGUUAGUGUUCCGGUCGAUGAGCCAGUAAAAGAGCGAAACGCCGGUAAAGGUAAAGCUGGGGAGCAGGCCAAAGAGUUUGACUUUGAGGAUGCCGAUGAAGUCUUGAAGCUGAUCAAGAAGAGUGAAUACAGGGUGGUGGACCAGCUGUUACAAACUCCUGCGAAGAUUUCCAUCAUGGCCCUGUUAUCAAGUUCUGGUGCUCAUCGGGAUGCCCUGAGGAAAGUACUAGACCAGGCAUUUGUGGAUUAUGAUGUAACUCUGGGUCAAUUCGAAAGCAUUGUGGGGAAUGUGACCGCGUGUAACAGUCUGACUUUCAGUGAUGAAGAUCUCCCGGCGGAGGGGAAUAAGCAUAAUCGAGCAUUACUCAUCUCUGUACUUUGCAGAACGGACUCGUUAUCCAACGUCUUGAUAGAUACCGGCUCUGCACUUAAUGUGAUGCCCAAGUCAACUCUCGACCAAUUGGCGUACUCCGAGGCUCCUUUGAGACUUAGCAAGGUGACAGUGAGGGCCUUCGAUGGAACUAGGAGAUCGGUGUAUGGUGAGGUAGAUUUGCCAAUUUCGGUCGGCCCACAUGAAUUUCAGGUUACUUUCCAAGUCAUGGAAAUCCAGGCUUCUUUCAGCUGUUUGCUCGGCAGACCAUGGAUUCAUGACGCUGGGGCUGUGACAUCUACUCUCCAUCAGAAAUUGAAGUUUGUAAGCCGUGGAAAGUUGAUCACUGUGAGUGGCGAAUCGGCCUUUUUAAUCAGCAAUUUGUCUGCUUUCUCUGUUAUCGGUGGUAGUGGUUCAGACGGGCCAUCAUUCCAAGGAUUCUCUGCCGAAGAAAGUGUCGGUAGGAUUGAGACUUGUAUGGCUUCGUUGAAGGAUGCCCGGAGAGUAAUUCAGGAAGGCAAAACCGAAGGCUGGGGUCAGCUAGUGGAGUUGCCAGAAAACAAGCGUAAGGAGGGAAUUGGUUUCCUUAACAGUAAGCCUGGGAUUUUCGACCCUACCAGAGGUUCUUUCCACAGUGCAGGUUUCAUUCAUGAUUCACCAGAGACCAAUGCAAUUUUAGAUGAUGCACCUGGAGGAGUGACUGUAACGCCCUAG